AUGAAUAUUAUUGUUUGGAACUGUAGGGGUGCUUUGAAGCCCUCCUUUCAAAAUCAUGUUAGAGAUUUGGAGCAAAAUCAUGACCCUGCAAUUCUAGUGGUGAUGGAGACUCGGGUUGGAGGGGAGAGAGCAAGGGCGAUUACUGAAAAUCUCCCUUUUGAUGGAGCGGUUCACUCAGACACUAUCGGAUACUCUGGUGGAUUGUGGGUUCUUUGGAAGUCAGAGAAGGUAGAGGUCUCUUCCUUAGCUAGCACAGAGCAAGAGAUUCACAUAACGGUGAAGGUACGUCCCUCAAAUUUUACUUGGUUAUUUACUGCUGUAUAUGCCAGCCCUAGGAGUGCUGAAAGGCACAUAUUAUGGAAUAACCUCAUUAAAGUCGCAGACCUCCAUAACAUGCCUUGGGUGAUAGCAGGGGAUUUUAAUGAACCUCUUAUAGGGGAUGAUAAGUUUGGGGGGAGAGCUGUGAAUGUUAGUCGGUCCUUGUUGUUUAAAGAAUGUCUUGAUUAUUGUAAUAUGAUUGAUAUUGGGUUCUCGGGUCCUCGGUUCACUUAG